AUGACGAUUGCACACGCACACAAACUGCUCGACCAGGAACUCCUCACCGUUCCGGAAGCCCUUUUGGGUCAGCAUCAAGAUGUGCGACAGGCGUUGGUUUCGCUGGUAGGCGCCGUCGAUGGUGAGUCCGAAGCCACCGUCGCUGCUGGUGCAAUGCUCCACCUACCGAUGAACACCCUCUCUCUCCCCCUCCCCCCUCCCACCUCCCACCUCCCACCCCCCCACACACACACCCGGCUGUCUACUAGUCGUGAUUCUCGACGGCUCGACGCUGUUCUCCUCCGAGUGGUUCUCGGCCGCUCGGAGCGGCACCUCGGAACGAAAACAAACGCAACGUUUCGUCGGCUCGGUUCGUGCAGAGGCGUAUCGCAUCGUCGCGGCGACGGCCGGACGAAUCCACCUCGUGAUCGUCUUUGACCACGCUUCGGCUCGUCCGGCCUUGAAGGCCCGUCGGACCCCCAUGUCGAGAGACAACGGGAACGGCGUCCGGUGCUCGCCCCAAGUCUCUCCCGACAAUUUCCAAAGGAGAAGCCCCGACCGGCACACCGACCCCAUGACCGAAUGGCUCACCAAUUUCGGCGGUCAAGGCGAGCCGACCUUAGCGGGACACGUCUUCGACAUGUCCUCGGAGGUCACCGUCAUCAUCUCGGCGCACGAAGCGGACCCCCUGAUUGCGGCAAGCACCUGA